UGCAUUCGAGCGAGUGCGUUGAUCUCUGCCGCCACGGAGUUGGCGCCGAGAGGAAAGAAGAAGACAAAGAGAAAAGAAGGCAAGGGAAAUGCCACCUCCUUCCCUUUCCCUUCCUCCAACCACCCACUAUACGGGCUUCGACAAGGCGUCCGCCAAAAGCACGGCAGUGCGGCGCUGGCAGGCUGCCUACACGCGCGAGGUUGCUCUCCUGCCGGUUGAAACAAAAAACGUGCUUGGGGCGCCAACGACGACUGACGCGUCCCGGCCGACGGCGGCGCCUUCUGAAGCGGCGUCCACGACGGCGGGACGAUAUCUUCGGAGGAACGCGUCGAGCACGCUUCGCUGUCCGAGCGCUCCAGGCCGCGAUCCCAUGAGUGACCCCUGAGAAGAAGUGAACGCGGACAGCGAGGGACAUGCCGACGUCGUCGUGGAGCGACGAGCUCGUCGAGUGGGACGACGAACUGACGCGCGAGACGGACCACAUCCAGCUGGGCCUGGUCGAGCCCUGGCUCGACUCGCACCCGCUGCCCGAGGGCGUCGAGGCGCCUCACCCGUCCCGGCUGCGAAUGGGGCAGGACGCGUUCAUCGCCAGGCGACACGAGCUGGCCGCGCACCGCUUCGCCUUCGCCACGUUCUCCGGAUGCGACGCCUUCAGCUCUCGGCCGGAGUUUGCCGAGGCCGCCGCACACGUCUUGGACGGCACUCCGGCCAUCUACGUGUACCACAACCGGAACACGCUGUCCGAGCUGCUGGAACUGUUCCCGCGCACCGGGCGCAUCACCCUCAAGCACGACCUGAGCGACAGCGACGAGGGACUCGUCUACGCCGCCAGGAACGAGCCGCACCACCUCGCGCACCUGGAGGGAAACUUCGCCGACCACGAGGACACCGGGCUGGCCGUCUACGGCGACGCGGUGACCGACCUCCUGCUGGCUUGCCCGAACCUACGCUUACUGGCGGCAGACAUCCUCCCUGCUUUGGACGCCGCUCAAGAUAACAACGAGCUACGCUCAGCCAUCGGGAACCUGCUCGUCGUCGUGCUUGGCGGUUACGCCUAUGGUCACGAUGGCGGCGUUGAGUCAUUUGUUCCCGCCAGUGCCGAUCAGGUCAAGCGCGCCGCCGAAAUGUGUCCCGAAGCUGGACUCGUGUACCUAGCGGUCGAUUCCCCGGACCCUGUCCAGGAACUGACCGAGUUCAACGCACCCUCCAAGUUGUGUGUUUCCUACGAGCCCGUCACGACGGCCUUCUGCCCGUUCUCGAGCGUCGUGCCGGCCCUCAAGAAGUUCGACCUCUCGGCGCUGACCCUCAAGAACUUCAAGGACGUCGACCUCAACAAGGUCGCCAAGACAGGGGAGAAGACCCUGCGCCUGCUGUCCCUGGACCACUGCCACGUCCUGGACGAAGAGGUCAAGUCGAGCGCAUUUCGAAACCUGGUCGCUCUCAGGAUCACGUGGGCGACGCCCGUGACCCUGCAGUGCCUGCUGUCCGAGUGUCCUGAGCUGGAGUACCUCAAGCUCGGUUCCACCGAGGUGUCCCGGAUGUUCCUGUCACGGGGGUUCCCCAAGACGUCGCUGACGUCUCUCAGGAGCCUGGAGCUGCGUCUGGACCACCCGUUGGAGCACCACGGACUCGACGAGGAAGACCUCAACGUGAUGGUGGAAUCGUUACCGUCGCUGGGAUACGUGUCCACGAAUUCGGCAGAGGUGCGACUGUUCCUCAGGCGGAGCGCACCGCACGUCAGGAUAGGAACUCUUUUCUGCGCGCUGUGCGCGGCAGAGUUUUGCCGCAGGACAGGAAAGUGCAGUGUGUCGAGCAUCCUGUGAUAACGUAUCCUGCGUAAGACACGACGAGAAGAUAUGCGCAGGUGCUGAAGUAACUGUCCGUUAGAAUCGCCAGAAGAAGGAUUCACCAAACCCUGUGGCCGCGCUGUUCGCACUGCGCUACGAUUAAGCUUUGCUGUGUUGCAGAGAGCCCACUCCCAGAACAUCUGCUUCGUUGAGGUUUGGCGUUAAUGUGGUCUUGAUUCAAAGCGCUGCUUUAAUACGCAUGACGUUGUUGGUCGACCGUGCUUGUAUUGGCCACAUGUUCCGCAUUUACUGUCACCCAUGCGCAGCGCUGUCUAGGAUGGUGUCAUAGAGUGCCGAGAGGGGCAGGAGAAAAUAAACUCCAUUAUUUAACAGUCAG